AUGGACCCAUACGUGAUCGAGAUGAAUGGCAGCGGCGACCUCCCCUCCGUUCUGGAUGUGCAUGUCAGCGUGGGAGGGAGAAGCUCCACGCCGGGAAAAGUGAAAGGCAGGAAGGCCCGGUGGUCUGUGAAGCCCUCGGACAUGUCCAACAACACUUUCAAUCCCAUCCGGGCCAUCGUGGACAGCAUGAAGGUGAAGCCAAACCCAGACAAAACCAUGAUUUCUCUGUCAAUCGGGGACCCUACUGUGUUUGGAAACCUGCCCACGGACCCAGAAGUUACCCAGGCGAUGAAAGACGCCCUGGACUCCGGGAAGUAUAACGGCUAUGCCCCCUCCAUUGGUUACCUAUCCAGCCGGGAAGAGGUUGCCUCCUAUUACCACUGUCCCGAGGCACCCCUGGAAGCUAAGGAUGUCAUUCUGACAAGUGGCUGCAGUCAGGCUAUUGAACUUUGUUUAGCUGUGUUGGCCAACCCAGGGCAAAACAUCCUCGUCCCGAGACCCGGUUUCUCGCUCUACAGGACUUUGGCUGAAUCUAUGGGGAUUGAGGUCAAACUCUACAACUUAUUGCCAGAGAAGUCUUGGGAAAUUGACCUGAAACAAUUGGAAUCUCUGAUUGAUGAAAAGACAGCUUGUCUCAUUGUCAAUAAUCCAUCAAACCCCUGUGGGUCGGUGUUCAGCAGAAGUCAUCUUCAGAAGAUUCUGGCCGUGGCUGCAAGGCAGUGUGUGCCCAUCUUAGCUGAUGAGAUCUAUGGAGACAUGGUGUUUUCGGGCUCCAAAUUUGAGCCUCUGGCCACCCUCAGCAGCAACGUCCCCAUCCUGUCCUGUGGAGGGUUGGCCAAGCGCUGGCUGGUUCCUGGCUGGAGGUUGGGCUGGAUCCUCAUCCAUGACCGAAGGGACAUUUUUGGCAAUGAGAUCCGAGAUGGGCUGGUGAAGCUGAGCCAGCGGAUCCUGGGACCCUGUACCAUUGUCCAGGGAGCUUUGAAAAGCAUCCUGCGUCGCACCCCUCAAGAGUUCUACCAUGACACCCUAAGCUUCCUCAAGUCCAAUGCUGAUCUGUGCUAUGGCGCGUUGGCCGCCAUCCCGGGACUCCGGCCAGUGCGCCCUUCUGGGGCCAUGUACCUCAUGGUUGAAAUUGAGAUGGAACAUUUCCCAGAAUUUGAGAACGAUGUGGAGUUCACGGAGCGGUUAGUUGCUGAACAAUCUGUCCACUGCCUCCCGGCCACGUGCUUCGAGUACCCGAAUUUCUUCCGGGUGGUGAUCACCGUCCCUGAAGUGAUGAUGCUGGAGGCCUGUGGCCGGAUCCAGGAGUUCUGUGAGCAGCACUACCACUGUGCCGAAGGGAGCCCCGAGGAGUGUGACAAAUAG